AUGGCGGAGGAAUUUCGUCCGGGGGUCCGUAGAGCGGGGUGGUGGAACGCGGCAGAAGGCGGGGCUGACGGGGAACCGCGGUCUGGGACGGCACCAUCUGGGUCCUGCUUGGCGGGGGGAGAUCUGAGGAGCUACCGGUGGCCGGCGGAGGCAGCUGUCAGCAAGCCAAUAUGGUCCUGGGAGGAGUCUGCAGAUUCAGAAACCUUCCAAGGCCCCGAUCCGACAGGUGCCAGCGGCUUCCUGAACGAUCUGACGGUGCCGACGAGUAGUCUCCCCCUCUCCUCCUCCACGGACUGGAGCCAAGUCUUGAUGUGAGUUUCUAUUUUUUUCCCAGAGAUAAAGUCUUUAGCUGAAAUUAUCUGAUUUUCCAACAUUACUAUGCUAUAAUUUCGUCUUAACCUCAAAUUCUUUUCAUCUUUUUAAUUAUCGGGUAGAAGUGGGAGCCGGCUUGAGGAAAAUCUCCAAGCCAUGCACCAGGACCAUCUGAGCUCAAGAACCUAUCUUUCCCAGGAAUCCAGCAUGGGGUCGAAUGGAUUCCAAACGGGCACCGGAACCUCCGGAAUUCAGUCCAAACCAUUCGACCACCAAGGAUUCCUGCUCCACGGCCUUCUGAACGACGAUUUCCCUUAUCCGACGAGCAAUCGCUUCGCUGCAGAAGGCUUUUCAAGGCAGUUCUCCACGAGAGACGCCGUCAAGGCCAAAGUGAGUCCCUCUCGAAGAGCUUCCUUCUUGUCCCUUUCUGGUAGUUAGGGUUUUGCCAAAAGUCUUAGGUGGUUCCAGGGUUCGGCGAUGAAGAAGACAGACGGCGGAGCUCCGGCGUUGAAGAAACCCAGAGUGGAGACGCCCUCGCCGUUGCCGAGCUUCAAGGUAGGUGACGAGAGUGACGACAUCCAUGGAGGAGGAGAUUAGGAAUCAUGGGUCUUGUUUUUUCUUCUCUCUCUCUCUCUCUCUCUCUCUCUCUCUCUUUCUAGGUGAGGAAAGAGAAGCUGGGGGAUAGAAUCACAGCUCUCCAGCAAUUGGUAUCGCCUUUCGGAAAGGUGGGCUCUAGGGUUAUGCUCUCGUGGAUUCAUACAGAGAGCAUCGUAGUUACUUUAGAACACCCUUAGAACACCCUUAAAGGUAUGUAUAUGGUAUUGCUGAGACGAACCGUCCUCUCUCUCUUGCAGACUGAUACGGCAUCUGUUCUCUAUGAAGCCAUUGAGUACAUCAAACUCCUGCAUGAGCAAGUUGGUGUAAGCCCCCCCCCCCCCCCCUCUCCUCUCACUCUCGCUCUCUCUCUCUCUCUCACACACACACACACUAUCUUUCUAUGUUCAUGGAUUCAUUUAUCUAGGUUUGUCUACGGUUAGCGAGGAAAUACGAACGCUUAAAUUUUUUCUUUUAUCCGCAUUUCAGGUCCUAACCACUCCAUACUUGAAAACCGGUCCUUCUAUGCAGCAUAAGCGAGCAGUAUACUCUCUCACUCUCCCUCUUUCUCGUCAAGUUCCACAUUAAGGAAAAAUUAUACCUCGUGCUAAAUUAAUGAGCCCAUUUUACUAGUUACCAAUUACUUCUGAAUUGAAUAGCCUCAUUCUCCGCUUCUCUGUCCAUCUCUGUCUCUCUACUGUCGUUGUUCAUACCCCUCCCUCUGAUCAACAACGAUGUUCCUACAGGACUCGGACAACUCAUCUAAGAGCGACGACCCAAAGGAUGAUCUUCGGAGCCGAGGCCUCUGCCUGGUCCCUAUCUCCAGCACCUUUCCGGUCAUCAACGAGACGACACCGGAUUUCUGGACCCCGACGUUUGGAGCACCUUACAGGUUAGAGAGAUGA